AUGCGAUCCGAUUUGACGGGCUCAACAUCGCCAAUUGAAGCCUGGCAACAAGGCGACGUCACCGGUAUCUCUUGCGUAUGCAGUAUCUGGGAUGGUUAUGCCGUGAGAUAA